AUGAGUAACUCUGAUGUAAACAAAAUUCAUGGUCCAAAUAAUUGUGAUAACGAAUAUAAAAAUGACUCGACUGUUACAAAAAAUAAAGAUUUUAUCCAAAAUAAAGAAAAAGAGGAGAUCUUAUCCGUGAGCGGUGCUAAAAUUAGUACGAUAUGUGAGGAAGAUUCAGUGAUCAAAGUUGACAAAGACAAAGCUCCAUCGAUAGUUACAAACGAUAUAGUAUUAGAUAUGAACGACAUAAUAUACCAGAAGCUUAGCGACACAGAAUCCAAAUGGCUCAACCGCCAGGGGACGCUUAUUAAGAACUUUCUGAAGCAGGGUCUAAAACGACCUCAGCACAUUCAAAGGUUAUUAAACAAAGACGACAAAAUGAAAAUGUGGGUACAGUUCUCAUUCGGUGGUGGAAGAGGAAGUGGUUUUGGUGAAGGCGGAGUUAUUGGAGUAGACUAUCAUUCAAGAAACAGUUUCAUUAAGUUAGUCAUGCAAAUAGUAUUGGUGAUGUUGUUCACCACUGCUGCCUGGCUGAUGUUUGUAUUUAUGGUACCAGAUUUGUUCAAUUUAUUCAGGAACCCUCCACUGUUCCUUGUCCUUUUUUCAGUUGGUGGUGUGCUAGGAGUAUAUACCUUAAUGCUGUGCGUACACAGUGCGCGAAAACCUCCGUAUAAUUACGCCGUAUUAGUGUUUUCGGUAAUCUUCACGAGCUUGAUGGCGUCAAUAAUCACGUGCCGUUACAGGACAGUCAUCUUAAUAUACGCAUUCAUAUCCACUUCAAUAAUUGUACUCGUAUGUGUCCUACUAUCUUAUACGUCUUUCGACUUCACCAGCUUUUGGCUAUAUUUUGUUGUUUUAUCUGUGGGGUUUUCAGUCAUUGUCAUGAGUAUUGUCAUCAGUAUGGUACUAGCGGAUGUUUAUCUGAAAGCUGUGCACAUUUUACUGUUGUGUAUAACUGUUGGUAUACAGUCUAUGGGAUUAGUAAUGGAACUUCAAAUGAUACUAGGAAACAAAAGUAUAGAAAUAGAUGAGACUGACUACAUACUGGCUGCUUUUAUGAUAUACACAUCUGUUAUGAAAAUGUUCAUGAACAUAGCCCAGAUAUUAGACUCGGAGAAUUUUCUAGAAAAGUCCAGACAAGCGAGAUGA